AUGGCCCAGCAGUACUCUCAAGGACCUAAUGUCCAGAACCAGGAAUGGCAGAAUAACCUCUGCAAUUGCUCGCCCUGCGACUCUUGCCUUCUCGGCACUUUCUGCCCCUGUAUCCUCUUAGGUAAAACCGCCGAUCGUAUGAGAGACCCUACCAUGCAGACUGCCGAUACCUGCAACAGCGAUGCUCUUAUAUUCUGCGCGAUCAACUGCGUGACUGGAUGUGGUUGGAUUUACUCCAUGAUGAAGCGUGGUGAGAUCCGGGAGCGAUUCGGCAUCAAGGGCAGUGGCAUGAACGAUUGCUGCGUCAGUUACUGGUGCCUCUGCUGUGCUCUUAUCCAGCAGGACAACGAAGUCAAGUCUCGCCUCUCCCAGGGGCCUAUCACGCAGGGCUACCAAGCUCAGAAGGAGGGCAUGCACAUGCCAGCAUCCCCUGCUGCUCAGCAGCAGCAGCAGCAGCAGCAAUAUCAUGAUCAGAAGCCCAACCCUCAGCAGCAGGCCUCUCAGCCCGAUUAUCAACUUCCUCAGCACGGUUACCAGUCUCCCCAGCCUCAGGGAUCCUACCCUCCACCUCAGCAGACCUACAACCCUCAGCAGCCCCAGUAUUAG